CUUGUUGAAUCAUGAAGUUUAUUUAUUUUGUUGUUGCUGCCUUAUCAAUAUUAUUUAUUCAAGUUAAUGGACUAAGAGUUCUUGGUAUUAUUCCAUUCCCUAGCAAGUCACAUUUUGCAAUAGGAAAUGGAAUUAUUGAAAGUUUAGUGGAUGCUGGACAUGAUGUCACUGUCAUGUCACCAUAUCCACAAAAGAAAAAUCGGGAAAAUUAUCAUGAAAUUGAUGUGUCGAAAAUUUUGGAAAUUUUUGAGUCCGAUAAACAUGAGGUAAAUCCAUUCGUAUUUGGGCAGUUCCCAGCUGUAGGUGUAAUGUUUAUGCUCGCAAAAAUGAACUCAGAUAUUGUGGAUUUAUUUAUGGCCAACAAAGAAGUUCAAAAAUUCAUUAAUGAAGACCAAAAGUAUGACAUUUGCAUCUUUGAAACAUUUUUGGUCGAUUCACUUUUGGGGAUUGCUGAAAAGACUGACUGUGUCAUAGUUAGCUUUUUAACAUUUGCCGCUGUUCGAUGGACGGAUGAUAUGACUGGAAAUGACUCGCCGACAUCAUAUGUACCGAAUCCGUUCCUCCAUUAUACAGACAGGAUGUCAUUUAAAGAAAGACUUUGGAACACAGCAUUUUCAUUAAUCGAGAGAGGAAUUUAUCAGGGUUAUUAUAUGCCAAGACAGAGGAAGCUUUACAGCAAAUACUUUCCAAAUGCCAAGCGUUCCUUUGAGGAAAUUUACUUCAACACGUCUAUAUUCUUCUCUAAUACCCAUGUCAGUUCAAAUACUAUUCGACCAAGCAUGCCAAACAUUGUAGAAAUUGCAGGCAUUCAUGUGAAACCAGUAAAACCAUUGCCUGUGGAUAUUCAAGAAUUUUUAGAUUCAGCAACAGACGGAGCGAUUUUAUUCUCUAUGGGAUCGUUCAUUCAAAGCAAACAAUGGCCAGUGGAGAAGCGAGAAGCUUUUGUCAGGACUUUUGGGAAACUUAAGCAAAAGAUUUUAUGGAAAUAUGAAAAUGAAACCUUGCCAAAUAAUCCUGGCAACAUCAAAAUUGGAUCUUGGAUACCACAAAGAGACAUCCUCGCACAUCCAAAUGUAAAGCUUUUUAUCACUCAUGGUGGAUUAUUAGGAACAACUGAAGCUAUUGUUGAAGGCGUUCCAAUUCUUGGGAUUCCGAUUUUUGGUGAUCAAAAGCUGAAUAUGGCAAAAUCAGUCAUGAAAGGAUACGGACUACAAAUUAAUUUCGAUGACGUCACAGAAGAAACAGUCACUCAAUCUAUAAACGAGCUCCUCAGCAAUCCAAAGUACAAAUCUAAUGCAGUAGAAAUUUCAGAACGCUUCAAAGACCGUCCAAUGACUCCACAACAAAGUGUUGUUUAUUGGACAGAAUAUGCAGCAAGACAUCAAGGAGCUAGUCACUUAAAGGCUCAAAGUACAGCUUUGAGUUUUAUCGAAUUUCAUUUGAUUGAUAUCUACUGCACAUUAUUAGCUAUUUUUAUAGCUUUUGGAUAUAUUAAGUUUGUCAUUUUGAGGAUGAUCUUUAGAAGGAUUUUUAAAAAAUCACCAGAGAAGCAGAAGCGAUCAUAGAUUGAAUCUGACAUUCUCAAAACCCCACCAAAACCUGUUGAUAAAGUCACAUGGUUGUUACAGCUAAUUUUAUCGGAAAUAUCACUUCCAGAUUGAUCACAAAGAUUAUUAAAGCCUUCUUGUUUUUUAUCAAUGAAAAAUAUUUAUUUGUUUAAUAAAAAGAACAUAAAAACA